CGCUCUGCCGGAACUUCGCCGUGUGACACCCGGCGGAAGUAAACAAAGCAAGGCGCUAGCGGCGUUAGCUCCAUGGAAAUGUUCAGUUAGCCGGGAGACGGUGGUGUGGUCGGGUCGCAGGUGAAUCUUCCAGCUGUAACGAAGCAGCGAUGUCUUCGCUUCAGUGUCUGAGACGGUUCGUAAACGAGCGACUAACCGCCGCUGCCGAAGAAAUAUUCGGAGCCUUUGAAAAAACCAUCGUCGAGUACGAGGAAGAGGUCGCUCGUCAGCGCAGACUGCUGGAUAUCGUCUGGAAACCCGAAAUAAAGUUACACAGGACGGAGCUCCCACAGCAGCAUGAAUCUAAAGAGGAGGAGGUUCUCACUGAGCAGUUGCUCUGUGACCAGGAGAGGGACUCCAGUCCGGACAGAGAGGACCCAGAGCCACUACAGAUUAAAGAGGAACGGGAGGAAAUCUGCACCAGUCAGGAGGGAGGGCAGCUUGUACUGAAGCAGGAGACUGAUACCUUUAUGUUGACUCCUGAUAAUGAGGAAGGUGACCACAGAGAACCAGAACCAGACAUUGACCACCAGCUCCUCUCUCACAACUCUCCUGUAGCUGAGAGCCAAGAGCAGAAAGGAAGCGAACAUGUGGACUCAGGAUCAACUAGAAAUGCAGAGCCAAAGCCACAGAAGAGACGUCACAAAAACAGGAGUCACAGUAACAAUGUAUACAACUCUCCCAUGUCAAAGAUUGACUCUAAUACUCACAGAGGUGAAAAGUCUUUCAAAUGUGACACUUGUGGAAAAGCUUUUGAGUAUAAGUCUGGAUUGACUAGACACAGUAAAAUCCACACAGGUGAGAAACCAUAUUCUUGUGAAACAUGUGGGAAACCUUUCAGAUGUAGAAGUAACUUGUCAGCCCACAUGAGAAUCCACACGGGUGAGAAACCAUACAUCUGUAACACCUGUGAGAAAGGUUUCAGGUGCAGAAGUGAAUUGUUUGACCAUAUGAGAAGUCACACAGGUGAAAAACCCUAUUGUUGUAAAAUUUGUGGGAAAAGUCUCAGAACUAGAGCAGGUUUGUUGAUCCACAUGAGAACUCACACAGGUGAGAAACCAUACCCUGCAACACCUGUGGGAAAAGAUUUAGUGACCAUUCAGCAUUGAAAAAGCAUAUGAGAACUCACACAGGUGAGAAGCCAUAUUCUUGUGAAAGAUGUGG